UAUGCAACUCCAGCACCUCUACCAUGGAAUUAUUUAAAUUAAUAAUAACGCAAUCACAACAAUUGCAAUGAUGGCAAUUAAUUCAUACGUCCAUUCUACGCGUAUUCAAACAAAUUUCGAUGUAAACACUUCAUGUGAUUCCAAAGUAAUUUUUGCUACGCUACGACUGAUUAAUAGUGAAUGACUCACUAUCAUUAUCGUUCGCAAUAGUUGUGGGAAAACGUAAUAAAUUUAUAAUGGAAAAUACUGUCUCUAUACCAUCUGUUAAUCAUGAUCCAUUUACCGUGGUUGGAUCUUGCACGUUGUGCUCCCGAAAAUUGACCGAACCAGAACUGUUGUCAAUAGUAAUCAAAUGUGUCAAUUUUGCAGCGAUAAAGCAUAAGGAUCAAAGAAGAAAAGACGAGAAAGAGACUCCGUACAUAAAUCACCCGAUAGGUGUGGCAAAUAUUUUGAUCGAAGAAGGCAAGAUUCAUGAUCCGAUUGUGAUCAUCGCUGCUCUUUUGCACGACACUGUCGAGGACACGAACACGACUUUCGAAGAAAUAGAGAAUGAAUUUGGCACUGAGGUUUGUAAUAUUGUUAAGGAAGUAACCGAUGACAAAAAUUUACCAACAAUGGAACGUAAGAGAUUACAGAUAGUGAAUGCACCUAAUAAAAGUCAUAAAGCUAAAUUAGUUACCUUAGCAGAUAAAUUAUAUAAUUUGAGAGACCUGCAAAAUUCUGUACCAGUUGGCUGGUCACAGGAUAGAGUAAAAGAAUACUUUAAGUGGUCCAAAGCUGUGAUUGAUGGAUGUCGGAAAACUAAUUUUCAUCUAGAAAGACAGCUGGACCUAAUAUUUGCAGAGAGAGUAUCUCAAGAAAGAGAAUUGUGUGCAUGUAAAAAAUCGCUGAUAUAGUGUUGUUACUUUGUUAAACGAAUAUUAACGGAAUAAAAGCAUUUGUAGUACUCAGUAUAAGAUAUUUAAUGCAAUGUUCAGGAGGAUCAAUUUUGUUUAUAAACAUCAGUUUUAUUGGAAUGAUUGUAUAAAAUAUAUAAAGCUCUUCAUAAGACAUUGAGAAAAACGUAUACCAUACACAAAUUUGUACAUCGAUUUUGGUAGAAGAACGCUUUCGAAAUAUAAUCUUUUAAUUUUUA